AGUCGGGAUCAGUUUGAAUUGGCGACGGAAGAAACACCUAAAUGUUUUGAAGGUUCCACGGGAUAUCGACAACUACACUCUAAAGCCCUGCAACUGGAAAGGAGAAGUUUUGAUGUGACAUGACUUACCUCGAGGAGUAUGGCAGAUGUCAAGGAUUAUAUAAAGAAACUAGUUCACCCAAUAGCAGAGAUCAGAGAGCGGGCUCUCAACUCCCUGUUACAAAAGGUGAAUUUUCAGUUGAUUACAAGCAAAUGCCUGGGAGAACAUGCAGAUUUUCUACCCAACCUACUUAAACUCUUGGAUCUGGGCCCACACACUCUUCGGAAAGGAGUCAUCGACUUGCUGAAAUUUGCCCUUAAGGAGGAGACUGCCAGGCAUCGGUUUCAGUCUCUAGGUGGCAUUCAGUACUUAAGUAGUUUAAGGAUUGUUGCUCCUUUGGACAUUGUUCCUGUUAUUGGUGAGCUCAUACAGAAGCUUCAACCAUCGUAUAUUGAAGAAAAACGUGAAGACCAGAUAAAACAGUUCCUAUUCAGAGCUCCUCGUGCUACUCAAGUAAGGUUUGCAGCUGAAACCUCCACAAGUAAAGACAGCAGCUUUGCCUCCAUCAUCAUCAACAAUAACCAGUACAUUGAAAGUAUUGACAAUUCAUGCCUGUGUGAGAAUAGCGAGCAUGAACUUCCUCCAGUAACAUACGGAUCACCAAUUACUUUUACAACUUUCCCAUGGCAGGCCUUAACAAGCAGUGAUCGCCGUGUCUUAGAUUCAACGACUCAAUCACUACUCAGUCAUCAUGAAGCAGUGGUGGUUGCAGCUCUGCAUUUCCUUGACACUGUUGUGCUCAAGGACUUCCCUCCUGAGGUGUUCCUUCAGCGGCCAGCAGUUGUACAGGCUGUUUAUGGCUGUGUUGAAGAAGAAGGUGAGAAUGCCUGGCGUGUUCAAGGACCAGCAUGUGCCAGCCUCCUCACCUUGACAGAAUUACUAAAUAUGAGAGUGUCUCACUUCAUGGACCCUCACCUUUCCCCCAGAAGCCAACAGAACAUGACACCAACCUCAUCCGGCAUGGCCACCCCAUGCACAGACAUGACGAGGGGCAGCUGUUGCUCAUCCUUGGGAGAUCAUUCAGAGAACUUAGGAAAGGGAGAUAUUAAUGUAAGGCACAAGGGAGAUGGACAGGAUUGGAGUGGAUCCUUGGACAGUAUUGUACAUCUAUCAAGCACAACAGUCCAUGAGGCAGAUGAUGGAGAUGAGUUUAUACUCUUGGGAAUGCACCAAAUACCAGUGACCAGCCACUGUGUCCAUAUCAUGAAUGUCAUUUGCCCUUUAUUGGUUUCUCCACGUCCUGCUAUCCAGACUGCCAGUCUCCGUCUGCUCUUAUCAUGUCUAAAACUCUUGGAAUGUUGCUUGGAACCAGAAUCACUUUGGCAAAGUGAUAGUGAUGAGCAUGAUAUCUUGGAGGCAGUUGGUGGAGUCAGAAGGGUUAUAAAAAGUAUUGCUCAUCUUCUGAUGGCUACCUUUGAAUGGAGAAAAAAUGCCAGAUCAUCAGCAGAUUUGGAGAAAUAUGUGACUGAUACAAACUGUCUAGCUUUGUUGUUAAGUAAUAUUUUCAAGAAUUUUGUACCACUGGAAGCUUCUUGCCAGGUUAUAGAUCAUGAUGUAGCUAAAAGCUUGGUGGCAGUUUUAUGUGAUGGUGGUUUCUAUAUAGAGUACAGCAAGCAUCAUGCACAUCUCCUUGCCCACCUCAGUAAAGCAGAGCCCAGACUAGCCAAGCAAGUCAAGAGCAUCACCUUUGCUGCCCAAGGUCUCUGUGCCACAUCUGAUUUCCUGAGGACUUCCACCUCACAGCUUGCACAGUUUCUUGAGCUAGCUGAAAGAUCUCUCCCAGUGGCGAGCAUUCACCAAAGCACUGUGUUUGUGGAGAAGCUAGUAAGAGGAUUGGCAAAGCAGGUUGCUCUUGGAAAUGUGGAUGCAGAGCAGCUGGAGAGGAUGAGACAGUUGCUUCUGCAAGUUUUAAGCUAUCCUGAUGAUGAUUUACGAUCAACAGGGUUCAAGUGUGUUUUAAAGCUAGUUGAAGGAAGCAUUGGAAUAUCACAAGUAGCAGAUACAUCUCUUAGUAGAUCUGCCAGAGUAUCCAUUCUCCUUGCAUCAUCUGUCAUCAGAUUUCUUCUUUUUAGUGGACUGGUUGAUGAAAAUGAUGAGGUGGUUCAAGUAACAAAAGCCAUGUUGCUUGCCCUGUUUCGUGGCAAACUGUUGAUGAGUCAGACUGUGUGGGCUAAUGCUGUGGAAUGCUGGUGUGAAUGUCUCCUCGAUCUGCAGUAUUUAGCAGAUUCAGACACCAACCUUGGUCGAGCAGUUGCUAAUCUUCCAGCUGACAUUUACGGAAGUAAUAGAAUAGAGGAAAAUUUUAAGAUUUUAAAGUUCCACCUCCAGUGCUUAUACUCAAAGGACAGAGAGAUAAGAGUCCAAGCGCUGUCACAUGUGGUUCACAGACUGGCAGCGGAAACAACAGUUUUUGUCCCGGAUCCACGCGCGUUCCACUUGAUGACCCACCAUGACUUAUUCAUUAACAGUCAGCCAAUCCAUCUACUUCUUAAAGGCAGAAUAUCAACAGAGACAGGAAGAUUGGCAAAGGUGGUGGAACUGGUGAUGAGUGCUGGUGAGAGUGAGGUGCGCAGAGCAGCAUGGUCACAACUGGCUUUCUUCCUAGAGGACCCUGCCCUCCACCAACCCUUCCUCCAGCUCUGCUCCAUCCAGUACAUUGUAAUGAACUUUGUAGGCAUGUUGAAGCAUGAAGAAGCAUUCGAUUUGACUGUAGAAUUUAUACCGGGAGCUGUUGAUGUUUUACGGCUUUUGGCAACUCACUCUCAAGACAUCAGGCAAACAUUGGCCCGCAAUGAAGAGGUUCUGUUGUGCUUAGUGAGAGUUGCACAUCUGUAUUACGCAGAAGAACGAAUUAGGGGUCAAGCAUCUUGUCUGAUGGCUCUGCUUCUCUUUGAUGAGAUCAUACAGCUGGAUAAUGUACAAAACAGAAAGGAAAAUGAAAUGAUGCUUGGAGGCAAGGAUUUUAUCAGGGUGCCAGAGCUGUUAACAACAAGACUUCAUUUACCCUUCCUUUGUAGCACUUAUCCCUGGCAUGAAGAGCUGGGUUUUUGUGAGGAGAUAAGGACCUUGUAUCAGGUACUUCAGGAGGAAGACUGGGAAGUUAUGACCCUCCUUAAGUCAGUGUGGGCUUCAGUGUGUGCAGGAGGGUUAGAAAAUCUAGAUGAUGAGCGAGGCCAGUACGAUACUUUCUCUGACAACUUGCAAUUGACAGCUAGCAAUGUGGUAAUGCUGAGGUCAUCUGUCUUGAAGUUGGUAAUCAGUAAGCAUUUGCAGAACACAGAAAAUGCCACAUCUCACCAUGAGGUAAAAAAGAACGUAAAUGCUCUGAGCUUUUCUCUUCUGCAAAAUCGUUUACUCUGGUCAGAAUUGCCAGACUGUCUUUCAACUCAUGAUUGGAGUCAGUCUCUUAACCGUUUCAUUACUGGGCGGCCAAAUUCAACAGUGGAUGAACAGCUCCUCACGCAUGUACUGAGUGCAACUAGUAUGGCUCUGAGGGUUGGUGGUUCAUCACAGAAAAAUGGAAGCUCCAAAUUCCCACUACUUGUAAAGCUGUUGAUGAAUGAGCUCGUCAAUCAGGAGAGUGCACUACAUCAAACGCUGAGAGUAACAGGUGCUGCAAACUGGGUGGCAAGUGACCCCAACCCUCGCGCCCUGUUGUCAGUGCGUCUGUUCCGCACCAUUGCCAACCUCGUGCGCCAGACUUUGAAAUAUAUAAGUGGAAAUCCAGCCUGGCAAGAUGUGGAUGAAGAUUUUUCUUUGGAUAAGCUGGUUGAGAGCGUGACCACGGCACUCUUGCCGGUUCUGAAAUCAAAUGAUGAACUCCAGAAUUAUAAUUUGGCGGUGCUUGGUUGCACAGUAGAGUGUGUGGCUCAUGUGACAAACACUGGAUGGCCAGGAGAGGAAAUUGCAUGUCAGCUUGCAAGAGGCUUGAUCAGGUUGAUAAGCACAUUCCAUGUUGGCCGUGGUAGAGCCCACAAUUCCUACAUGGGGAGGAUGGUGACCCUGUCUUCAUCCCUUGCCCUUGUCCAUCUGCUGUCACAUCCAUCAGGGAGUCUCAUACAGGAUAUUGGAUCUUGGAGUGUUGAAGAGCAAGUCGACUGGUCUUGGCUAGUAUCGCUGUGGGUUUACCGAGAUCCAGUUGUGACAAGUACUGGACUCACAGUAGCAACGGCAUUAACAACUCAGCCUCAGGGAUCCCAGCUCCUGCAUGAGAGUCUUACCCAAGUGUCUGGAGGAGUGUGGGGAGCAGCCCUUAGCUAUCUGCUGGCUUCUGGUCGGAGUUGCCUUGUCCGAACACUGGCUGCGCAGCUCCUCAUAAAUUUGACUGAGGAAGAGCCUACUGCCAAGAACCCAUGGAGGUUUCCAGUUGUUUCCGACACUCUGACUGGGGGUUCUGUGGAAGGGGUACCAGCAUUGAUGGUACUGUUAAAGCACUGUAAUUUCUUCAGUGUAAUGUACCUAUCUAUGGCAAAGCUAUGGAUUUACCAAGAACAACCUGCAGGAAACACUCAUGAUACUCCAAAUGCUGCCUGGGACCUUUCUCUCAGCAGACUCAGCUCCUUUUGUGCACCAGUUAAUACAGAUGACCUUGGAGGCAGCCAGAGUGAGGUUGGAUCUGAGGAUUACAACCAUAACACACCUUCACUAGUGUCAUUGCAGCUUUAUGAGACUCUCCUGAGACUCCUCAACAACAUCUUGCUUCUUAAGCCUUCACAAGUUAUUCUAGAGCUUACAUCCCAUGGAAUUAUAUCCCUGGUGGUCAAACAGCUCCGUUAUGUGGUGAGCCUCAUCCAAACUUCAGAGCUUCACCUGAAAGUAGUCGAGACAGCCAUGGUAUUCUUGUGCACAGUACUGAAGUAUGACCCUACGCAAGUGCUGCCUCUUGCUAGAGAUACAAGUCUAGGACAUCUCACACUUGUGGUAUUGUCAUCAGGUUUAGAAAGCACCUCCAUCAACAUGGUCUGCCUGGAGGUGCUGACAUCCCUUGUAUGGGCAGGAGACUGGGGUGCUGCACACAUUCUCGAGUGGAUUUCAGUGUCUCCUGUCCACACCCUACAGCCAGUAGUAGCCUCCCUCCACAGCACAGCCCCUCUUGGUCUCCAGGCUGCAGCAGCUUCAUUUUUGUCCAGUCUUCUUGCAAGUGUCUAUUCAAGUGACGUUACAACUCAUCAUGAUCAGGAAGCUACCCUUACAAGCAUCUUAGAUGUGCCGGUCAGAUUAUUGAAUGAUCAGGAUGUUUCUCCUGGUUGGGAGCUCUGCAGACAUCUGAUCCAGCUUGUGUGUAAUGAACAUGAAAUCAAGGACACAGCAAGCAACACUACAGGAAAGCUAAAAGGGAGUCACAGUCAAGAACAUCAGCACCUCCUCCUUGAAUGUCUGAAGCUUCUACUCCUGGCCUCAGAAGGUGCCAGAGAAGCAGCACAUCAUUUGCGUCUCUCAUUCAUUCCAUUUCUGAUGAGGCCUUUGUCACAGCUAACAAACAAGAUCCAAAACAUCAACAUUCACAUCACUACUCAGCUUAUGAAUAAAAAGGAGAUUAAGGAAGAUGCCUAUAUAGCAAUUCAACAUCUAGAAGUGGCCAACAACUGGGUAAAAGGCAAGGGAUGCUGGAUGGAAACUGUAGGAGAGGUCCUGAUCCCUCUCCUUCACCAGCUGUGGACUCCAGCCCUACGUACUCCUCCCCUCCUCACAGCCAUGUUGACAUUCAUGGUGACUGCUUCUGCACACCAUCAGGCCUGCUUGUUCCUGACACGCACAAGUGGACUGCCAGGUGUAGCACUAAGUGCCACACGCACAAGCAGACCUCUAUUAGCAUGUGUUACUACAUUAGUUUGCCAGCAGUUAGCAAGACUCCCUAAUUAUACCAGGGUAUCACAUAUAGGUUUCAAAGAUCUACCCAAAGAGAGAUUUAUUCAGUCUGUCUCAUUAUUAACUAAUUGUGCGAGGUUGCAAGAAUGUACUCUAAUUAUGAACAAGUGUGACCUAGUAAGUGCCCUGAUGAAAUGGCUAGACAGUAAACAGGCAUUGGAGGAUGGCAUGACAGUCACAGGCAGCAUUGUCAAGCUAAUGGUUGUUCUCACCUCACACCAGGAGGUGCAGAUGUCUGUCUGCAAGACAUACGGAUGGGUAGGCACCCUUCGUGACCUCAUUCUCCAACCCAGCCUGAGAAUUGAAGCAUUUUUGAUUGCUGCAAACUUAUCAAGAAAUCACCUGUGUGCUCAGGCGCUGCUGUCCUCAGAGGAUAUGCUAAAAACCUUCAUUGAUAUCAUGGCAAGAAUGGAGGAAGAGAAAGAGUCAGUCCCAGUGUUGUUCAUUCUGUGGGGUCUUGUUGCAAACAACCAGAGAGGUCAAGCUAUCCUAAAGCAGUAUCCAGUCCUUCCUCUGUUAAGACACUUAAGAGAAACACAGAAAGAGCAUGCCAGUCUCUGUCAGAAAAUACUUAAUAUAUUGGAUAGAUAACAUUGUAUAUUUAUAAUAUAUUUCAUAUAUUUUAUUAUAACUUCAUUGUAAAUUAUGUAUAUUGUUAUUUUUACUUUUCAUAAAGAGUGUAUAACCCAUGAUUUUAUGCUUACUUUUAUGAUUUUGUAAACUUUAUGAAUAUAUGAACAUCAAAUGUACAGUUCGAGGAUAUGAUGCUCACAG